AUGAAGAGCGUUCCGGCGCGAUUCAUCCGCCAGCACAUGGCAAAAGAAAAUACCCUCGCCGCGGCGUUGCCAAAGUACCCAAAGAUUAUCGUCGACGCCGCCGAAAGCGACCCCGCCGCGCUCGACCUCUCGGCUCCCAACCCAAACGGGAUGGAGUUCGACAACCUCUACCUCGAUAUGAACGGCAUCAUCCACCCGUGCGCGAUGUUUGUGCUCAUCUUCGAGUACAUCGAUCGCAUCUUCUCCGUCAUCCGGCCGCGCAAGCUCCUCUACCUCGCCAUCGACGGCCCGGCGCCGCGCGCAAAGAUGAACCAGCAGCGAUCGCGCCGCUUCAAGGCAGCCAAGGAGCGGGCGGAGAAGGCGGCGGUGGAGGAGGAGCUGAACGCCGAGCUGCGGGCCGCCGGGCGUGAGCCGCCAUCCUCCGAGGGAGGAGGCUUCGACUCCAACGUCAUCACCCCUGGCACCGCCUUCAUGGCGCGCGCGCGCAUCCACUCGUGCGAGGCGUGGCGCGGCAUCAAGGUCAUCCUUUCGGACGCGACGGUUCCGGGCGAGGGCGAGCACAAGAUCAUGGAGCACAUCCGGGACCAGCGCAGACUCGACGGCUACGAGCCAAACUCACGGCAUGUCAUCCACGGGCUGGACGCGGAUCUGAUCAUGCUCGCCCUGGCGACGCACGAGCCGCACUUCACCAUCCUGCGCGAGGCGCAGGCCAAGCAGCAAGAGGCGCGCGCCAACGGCGCCGCGGGCGCCUUUGGCGGCCUCUACCCGCCCAAGGAGAGGCGGCAGCAGGAGCUGCACGGCGCGGAGCUGCACGACGCGGUCGCGGCGUAUGCGGCGUCUGCGCGCCGCGUCGCCGCCGACCCGCUGCCGCUGAGAGGCCUCUCGGGCUUCCUCAAGGCCGACGGCCCGCCUGCUUCGGCUCACUUGUACGCCACACUCCACGGCUGCACCUCGACCAACACGGGAGACGGCGCCGUCGAGAUUCGGUUGGCCAAGAAGAAGCCGCCAGGCGCGCGGGUGCAGAAGCUGCUGGAGGCGCGGCAGGCGGCCGAGUUUCGGGCCGGCGGGUGGACGGUUCCCGACUUGUGCCUGACAACAGAGCGGCAUGUCUCUGCUAGGCGGAGGAGCGGCGCCUUCGAGGAGGGAGCCGCCUUCUCCCCCUUCGAGCAGCUGAUGUCCGUCUUCCCUCCCGCGUCGGGCCACGCGCUGCCCGCCGCGCAACUGAUGGUGGACGCCGACUCGCCAAUCAUCGACUUUUACCCGAUCGACUUUGCCGACGACCUCAACGGGAAAAAGUACGCGUGGCAGGCCAUCGCGCUGCUCCCGUUCAUCGACGCGCCGCGGCUGCGCGCCACGCUGGCGCCGGCGGAUCGCGACAGGCACGGCGACGCUCUCCUCUUUGUCUCCUCCGCCCAGCCCAUUGGCGCCAUCUGCGCCGCCGUUGCCGCGGCGCCAGUCAGCGCGCCGCCGGUGCGCUUGGAUGCUGCUGCGGCGGAGUCGCUCGGUUUUGGCGGGUUUGUGCGUGCGAGCGCGGCGUCGCGCCGCCAAGCCGGAGAGGCGCUCCCGCCGCCACCGGGCGGCGCGGAAUACAACUUGCCGCCGAUACCCGCUUGCGCCACGGUGGGGGUCUCCUUUGACCCCCCCGCCAAGCAGGCACACCUCCCGCGGCUGCUGAGGGGGCAGAUACUCCCGCAGCCGACGCUCUCGAAGCACGACCAGCCGCAGUUCUCGCGUGACGCGGCGGCAGCCACGCGCAGCAUGGAGGCGCGCUUCAGCUCCGCGCCGAAGCGGCUCAUCUCUGGUGCCUUGGGCCGUUCUUCGGGCAGCUAUGGCGGAGGGGGGACAAGCACCUACAGACCAGGGCGCUGA